AUGUUGUUCGCCAGAUCUGCUGGCAGGGUCGUAUCUGACGCUGUGUCUGCCAAAGUGCCGCUUCCAUCGUCCAGCCGGAAUACCCUUGUGCGCUACAAGAAUAGACGAUUGAUAUUUGCAAGAUAUUAUAAUGCAGGACCAACCGCUUUCCCUCGCGCCGAUAUCCCGAAACCGCGCUCCAGAAUACGUCGUGCUAUCGGAUUCACCACGCUCGCUAUAUUAUCAUUUUGGGCAGGAACGGCUGUUGUGCCUUACCAAUCAGCCAUGAAAAUCUUGACCACCGGCAUCCAUAGCGACGAGGAGUCGCUCACCAUCUUCCAACCAUCGGAUGAGCUAUCUCAAACAAUCGAAACCCAUAUCAUGACACACCCGUUAACCCAAAAAUACCGCAAUAACCCGGACUUUACUGAAUCGCGACCGCAUAUGAAGAUACCGGAGGAGCUUCGCGGCCGACAUCUUAUGGCGGGAGCUCUACUUGGACCGAACCGGGUAGCCGUCCCUCCACUGGUCUUUAUGGAGGACUCUGGGAAGGAACUUGUCGCCAUCACCUACUUAGGCCAAGAAGUGUGCGGGCACCCAGGCAUCGUCCAUGGCGGUCUAUUGGCAACCAUGUUGGACGAGGGGCUAGCGCGUUGCUGCUUCCCUGUGCUGCCAAAUAACAUCGGAGUCACCGCAAACCUCAGCAUUGAUUAUAGGAGACCUGUGAUUGCCGAUAAUUAUAUUGUCCUGAGAGCCACGACAGUCAGACAUGAAGGUCGCAAGGCAUGGGUUGAGGGACGUAUUGAGACCUUGACGGAGGGCGACGAAGAGCCGGUUGUUCUUGUGGAGGCGAAGGGGCUGUUCGUUGAACCGAAAUACGCAGCUAACUUGUCCAAUCUCUACAAGGCGGCACGUAAAACGGUGACAUAG